AUGCUUACUGAUAAUUACAAAGAUCUUGCUGUUAAAGCUAGAAAAAUCUUCACUGAUUCUUUGGAUAAAACCUUGGAAUUAUUUCCAUUAGACGAUGCCACUAAGAAGAAAUACGACGAGUUGCCUAGUGCCAUUGGAGAAACUACAUCUGAUUUUGGGUCACCAGCAAAGCAUCCAUUUGAAGUCUAUUUGUCUACUUUACCACGUAGCACAUUGGAAAAUAUCACCGAGAAAGAUCCUGUGGAAUUGUUAAAGGAUUUAAAGGAGAAGAAGAUAUCAUGUGUUGAAGUCUUGACUGCUUAUUUCCAUGCUGCUGUUGUUGCUUCGAAAUUGACCAAUUGUGUUCAAGAAUUUCUUCCUGUUGAAGCUUUGGAAUUUGCUAAAAAAUUAGAUGAAAACUAUGAAACCAUGAAAGAUUUGCCAUUGUAUGGUUUACCAUUCUCUAUUAAAGAAAUGAUUCCAUUUAAAGGACGUGCUGUCACUCAUGGUUCAUUAUGUUAUUUAGACAGAGUUGUCGACUACAAUGCCGAUAUUGUUAAUAUUUUAAUGGAAAACGGUGCUUAUCCAUUCGUUAGAACUACAAAUCCUCAAUCAUUAAUGAUGUUGGAAUGUCAACUGUUCUGUCAUGGAAGAACAGUAAAUGCAUUCAAUAGUGAUUUAACUUCAGGUGGUUCCUCUGGUGGUGAAGGUGUGUUGAAUGGGUUAUAUGCUUCACCAUUUGGACUUGGUAGUGAUAUUGGUGGAAGUAUCCGUAGUCCAGCUGGUUUUAAUGGUAUCUACGGGUUAAGAACAACUUUGGGACGUAUUCCUACUGCUGAUUAUUAUUCUUGUCAAAUGGGUUCUGAGUCUAUCUUAUCAGUCACUGGUCCAAUAUCUAGAUCUUUGGAUACGGUAAAUUUGGUUAUGAAAACUAUUAUCGAUGCCAAGCCCUGGUUAGUUGAUCCAACUUUGGUACCUAUUGAAUGGAGUCCAAAACCAAAAAAGAAAUAUCGUGUUGGUGUCUUGUUGAGUGACGAAGUAGUUAAUCCAACUCCACCAAUUAAACGUGCCCUUCAAAUCGUACAAGACAAAUUAAAAGACUCUGUUGAACUUGUUCCAUUCAAACCUUAUCAUCAUGAGAAAACUCCAGAGAUUCUUGGUAAGUUAUAUUUUGAGGAUGGAGCUAGAGAUUUCCGUAGUACUUUAGAAACUGGGGAACCAUUACUCGAACAAACUACUUGGGCAAUUGAUGGUGCAGAAGAUCUUGACAUGCAUGAACAAUGGAAGUGGAACUUGGAGAAGCAAAAGUAUAGAAAAGAAUAUUUAAAACAUUGGAAUACUUAUACAGAUGAAGAAGGUAAUAUCUUGGAUGCAGUAAUUGCUCCACUUUAUCCUAAUGUUGCUCCUAAACAUGGAACAGCCCAAUAUUGGACCUAUACAUCUCAAUGGAAUUUAUUAGACUACCCUGUAUUGGUUUUUCCUGUCACUAUUGUUGAUGAAAAGUUGGACCAACCAGAAAAAAGUUAUUCUCCAAUUAAUGAUAUGGAUAAAUUCAUUCAUGAUCAAUAUGAUGACCCAAAGAGUUUUGCUAAAGCUCCAGUUAACUUGUGUAUUAUUGGAUUGAGAAACACAGAUGAAAAACUAGUUGAGAUUGCAAAAAUUACUCGUAAGGAAAUUGGUGAUAUCUUUGCCUAG